AUGGAUCCAACAUACACAACCCAGCAGUUCCGUGAUUACCUCCAGUUUAGCUGUCCUGCUGCUACACUGCUCGUUUUCUUUAUUUCUUUUAUUACGAACUCAAUUCUGAUUGCUAAAAGCCCCCAACAUGGUAACGUGUUACAGUACAGUCCCGAGGGAAAGCCCUUGCCCAAGGGGUUAAGGAGCACGAUAAACAAGAUUGCGGAUGCCCAGAAGCAUCACUUUUCUUCUAGAGCGAGAUAUACAUUUGUAUGGCUUGUGGUUGGUGUUCUGCUGACUUUUGUGGCAGAUGCUGCUGUUCACAUCAGUCAUGUUAUUGCAGCCAAGGAGGAGAGGUGGUGGUGUGGGCAGGCGACUGUGAUCUACGUCGUGGGAUCAUUCUUCUCCCACGUUGUCAUCUUCCUCUCUCUCCUCGACACCCAUCCCGCCCCAACCUUCGCGCAAUUCAUCCCCUGGUCCAUGGCGACUCCAUUCGAACUCGCCAUAGUCGCUACCUCGUUAUCAAUUUAUACCAACAUACAUCAUGAACCCAUCGUCGGGAACGCAUUCGGUGGUCCUCUGCGGGAAAGAAUCACAAAGUGGGAAUUGCUGGAGGUGAUAUCCGGUGUCGUUCGGCUCGUGGUUCUGAUUUUCUUGGUCGCUUUGUAUGUGCUGCAUUUUGUCCGCACGAAGUCGGACGAGCGCUCUCGCGAAGAUAGCCCAAUGGAGCAGAUUGGCCUUCUCGACUCCUCAGAGAUCAAAGCUGAGGCCGAACACAACGAGGGCGACGACACUCCCGAGAAACCCACAGCACCCCCAAACACCUGGUGGCACUACCUCAGCGGCUACUCCAUACUAUUCCCAUACCUCUGGCCCUCCAAAUCCCGGCGUCUCCAAAUAAUUGUCAUAAUCUGCUUCGGCCUGCUAAUCCUCCAACGCAUCGUCAACGUCCUAGUCCCCUACCAAGUCGGCGUAAUCACCGAAGCGCUCUCCAUCGAAGACAACAAACUCCAUCUCCCCUGGCUCCAAGUCUGCCUCUACAUUAUCUACCGCUGGCUCCAAGGAAGCCAGGGCCUUCUCGAGUCCCUGCGCUCGUAUCUCUGGAUUCCGAUUAGCCAGUAUGCAUACAUGGAAGUGUCGACUGCGUCGUUUAAACACGUGCAUGGGUUGAGUUUGGACUUUCAUUUGAAUAAGAGGAUUGGGGAGGUGCUUUAUGCGUUGAAUAAAGGGAGUGAUUCUGUAAAUACUUUCUUGGAGCAGGUUACAUUUCAGGUUGUGCCUAUGAUUAUUGAUUUGGGGGUUGCGGUGGGGUACUUUCUUAUUGCGUUUGAUGUGUAUUAUGGGCUUGUUGUUGCUGUUGUGACAUUUUUCUAUCUCUAUGUCACGGUGCGUAUAGCGCAGUGGAGGGCUGAAAUGCGAAGACAACAGGUCAAUGCUCACAGACAGGAAAAUGCCAUCAAAAACGACUCCCUCUCCUCCUACGAAACAGUAAAACACUUCAACGCCGAACCCCUCGAACAAACCCGCUACCGCACAGCAGUCUCCACCUUCCAAUCCGCCGAAUACCACUCCCUCUACGCACAAUCCUUCAUGACAACAGCCCAAAACACAGUCUUCACAAUCGGCCUGCUACUCACCUGCUUCAUCGCCGCGUACCAGGUCUCCAUCGGGCAGCGGCCCGUGGGCCAGUUCAUGACGUUGCUUACGUAUAUGGCGCAGCUGCAGACACCGCUGAGUUACUUUGGGACGUUUUAUCGGUAUAUUCAGACGGCGAUGAUUAAUUCGGAGAGGUUGUUGGAGUUGUUAAGGGAGCGCGCGUCGGUUGUUGAUGGGGUAGCUGCUAUACUCAUGGAUAUCUGCCAGGGGAGGAUUACGUUUGAGGGGGUUGGUUUUGCGUAUGAUGCGCAGAAAUACAAGAAUGCGUUGAACGGGCUAUCUUUCCACUGCGAACCAGGUACGACAACAGCCCUAGUCGGUGAGUCUGGAGGCGGGAAAUCGACUAUCUUCCGCCUGCUCUUCCGCUUCUAUAACCCCCAAACCGGCCGGAUUCUAGUCGAUGGGCACGAUGUCCAGGAUAUAAUCAUAGCUUCGCUCCGCGAACACAUCGCCAUCGUCCCCCAGGACACAGCCCUCUUCAACGAAUCCCUCCUCUACAACCUGCGCUACGCAAACCCCUCUGCCACAGACGAGGAUAUCCACAAUGCCUGCUGCGCAGCGUGCAUCCAUGAUAAAAUCAUGACUUUUCCAGAAGCCUACGAGACGAAAGUCGGUGAUCGGGGGCUGCGGCUUAGCGGUGGAGAAAAGCAGCGGGUUGCGAUUGCGCAGACGAUUCUUAAGAAUCCGCAGAUUAUACUGCUUGAUGAGGCGACUGCUGCGUUGGAUAGUGAGACCGAGGAGCAUGUGCAGGAGGCGUUGGGGAAUUUGGCGAGGGGGAGGACGGUGAUUAUGAUUGCGCAUCGGUUGAGUACUGUUACUGAGGCAGAUCAGAUUUUGGUACUGCAUGAGGGGAGGGUUGUGGAAAGGGGAACGCAUGGGGAGUUGUUGGGGUUGGAGGGGAGGUAUUCGGGGAUGUGGCAGAGGCAGAGUCGGCAGGGUGAUGGUGGGGAGUUAAGACGACGUAGUCCACAGUAG